ACAACGAAACGUCAAAAUCAGUUGUUCAGUCAGUUGUUUUUCGGUUUCGGUGGAAACUGUGCGGCGUCGCGCAAAAAAUUAAAUUAGAAUUAAUUAUGGUGUAUAUUCCUGUGCGGAAAUGUUGGUAUUCUGUAAAAAUUAUUUUCUUGUUAAUGUUAGUGCUGUGUCUGUUGUCAUUAUUUGAAAAAUGGCGUGGUGGGAAGCGGACUGCUGGUGCACAAGAGACCGAGUAUGAGAAAGAAAUACGAGAAGAUGAAGCUCGAAUUAUACCCGGUUUGGGGGAAGGUGGACGUAGUAUAUUUCUCCAAGACGAAAAGGAAAGACAGUUAGGUGCUGAAUCUGAGAAAAAGUUGGGUAUGAAUGUCUACAUUAGUGACAGGAUGCCGUAUAACAGAACUCUAAAUGACUUCCGCAACCCGUCGUGCCGCCGCCUGGUCUACGACGCGGAGCUUCCCUCGGCCUCCGUCAUCAUCAUCUUCCACAACGAGCCGUACUCUGUGGUGCUGCGCACGAUCUGGACUGUGCUCAACAGCGUGCGCAGGGAACAACCGUGGUACAGCAAGGCCAAUUUCAUCGAGAAAAGCACCGGGAGAAAGAUGAAUUUAGGUUAUAAGGACCAGCCGGCCAACUCGCCGUACCUGUACAUAAAAGAGAUUAUCCUCGUCGACGAUUGCUCGACGCUUCCCGAGCUGAAGGGCAAGCUCAGCUACUACAUCAAGACGCGUCUCCCGCACGAUAUGAUUAGAAUACUCAGACUGCCAGCGCGGAGAGGAUUGACUCAUGCUCGACAUUAUGGCAUUGGCGCAGCCACGAGUGACGUCGUAGUCGUCCUGGACUCCCACUGCGAGCCCAACUCUGAUUGGAUAAGACCUAUUCUGCACAGGAUCAAAUAUAACAACCAUUCUGUUGUUGUUCCUCUCAUUGAUGUGCUGGAUAAAAAAGACUUUACUUACCAUGGAGGAGUAACAAAAUUUACUCAGGUGGGCGGGUUCACUUUUACCGGCCAUUUUACGUGGAUCGACGUGCCAGAGCGAGAGAAAAUACGGAGGGGCUCGGACAUCGCGCCUACUUGGACACCAACAAUGGCGGGCGGGCUUUUCGCGAUCAACCGCGCGUACUACUGGGAGCUGGGCGGAUACGACGCCAUGAUGGGCGGCUGGGGAGGAGAGAACCUCGAGAUGUCUUUCAGAGUUUGGAUGUGCGGUGGUACACUAGAAACUAUACCGUGUUCGCGCGUCGGCCACGUGUUCCGCUCGUUCCACCCGUACGGGCUGCCAGCGUCGUCCGACACGCACGGAAUCAACACUGCAAGGAUGGCUGACGUGUGGAUGGAUGAAUACGCCGAGUUGUACUAUUUGCAUCGCCCCGACUUGAGGAAAAGUCCCAAAAUCGGCGACGUGACGCACCGCAAGAUACUCCGCGAGAAGCUCCACUGCAAAUCUUUCAGAUGGUACCUCGACAACAUCUACCCGGAGAAGUUUGUCCCCGUGAGGGACGUGAUAGCUUAUGGAAGGUUCCGGAACAAAUUCACGAACGUCUGCCUGGACAACCUGCAGCGCACGACUGUGGGCGCCGCGCUGGGCGUGUACCCGUGCCACCCGAGCCUGCAGCUGUCGCAGUACUUCUCCGUCUCGCUCGCCGGCCAGCUGCGCGACGAGGAGAGGUGCGCCGAGGUCGCGCACGAAGGGUCCAACUUACGCGGCCACGCAGUGAUAAUGCAGUCGUGCCACGAUAUGCGGAAGCCGGUCAAACGGCAGCAAUGGUCGUACGAAAAGAACCAGCUGAAGCACGUGAAGUCGAACCUGUGCCUGACGGCGAGCGCGAGCGCCGGCGCCGACGCGCGCGCGCGCCCGUGCGCGCGCGCGCCCGACCAGCUCUGGGACAUCGACUACACCGCCGACAACGACUUCAAGCGGGAGAACACCGAUUAUCCUGGCGACUAUCCGAUUGACUUCGAGUUAUCAGCCGAACGCCAGGAGAGAUUCAAGAAGCUGAGAGGACACCGCCGCAUCUCGCGCUCGCUGCUGUCCAUCGACGACAGCCGCGCGGAGCUGCGCGCGCGCAACGCGAGCGCGCACCGCCGCUCGCACCGCAAGAAGCACAAGAAGCGCAGCCACAAGCGCAAGAACAAGAACAAGUUUAUCUUGCGGAUCGAGAGGACUGCGGCGCCCUCCACCGGCCCGCACGGCUCGCCGGCCAUGGAGCACCUGGAGGUGGACAUCCGCUGUCCGCACCGCAAGCUGUACCCCAACGACACGUUUGUCCGCGACCUCGUCUCCGUGCUCAACAUGCAUGACAUCAGGGUAAUAAACAACGGGCGAGUGUUCGAGAAGAAUCACGUGUCGCAGCUGCCGCGCGCGGAGAAGAGGGAGAAGUCGGUGAAGUCCGUCGUCAUGGCGCCCACCGGCGACCAGGUGCAGAGGCAGCCAAAUAUAGUGCAGUCCAUACCCGCAAGCGAAGCCUUGCGCCAAAGUAAACGCAACCGCUUGCGCAAGCACAAGCGUCCCCCGCUCGCCCCGCAGCAGCGGCCGUCGCCGCCCGAGCGCCCCGCGGCGCCCCAGCAGGCGCCCCCCGCGCCCCCCAUGCUGCCCCCCGCGAUGGUCACGCCCGGGGGCGCGCCCGCGAGGAACAAGAUCAUUGUCGAAGACUUUGCCGAGAUGGGCACAACGGAAGUCAAUCCUAAGAUGCAACAGCAGCUCGACGUCAACGAGUGGCACAAACUAUAUCCGGCUAAGCAGCGCUACCACCUGCGCAAGCGCAACAAGCACGCGCGCGCGCCCGGCGUGCCGCAGUCCGCGCGCGACGCGCUGCUGGCGCUGCUCGGGGAGAAGAUCGAGAAGGCCACCCGCGGCUCCGACACCAGCAAAGAGUCCAACCGCUCGUACCCGCGGCACGCGGUGUCGAGCGCGCCGCCCGACCAGUCCUCGCCCGAGGACGUGCCCAUACAGCUGGCGCCCUCUAGCGUCGAGACCUGGAACACAGUCAAUCGCAACGACUCGCGUCGCGAAAUGCCGAGCUCGAGCAGCGACGAGCGCUCGCAGAAGCAAGCGCAGAAACAGGCGCAGAAGCUAGUCAAGAUAUACCACGCCCGGGACACCACCUCGCAGGAGCUGGACAAUGAAGUGAGAGAGCUGCACGGCGACCGACGCACGCAGACCGCGUCGUCGGACGACGAGGAGCGGCGCCCGGCGCAGCCGUCGGAGGAGGACGACAGCGGCGAGCGACACAAGCGCCGGAAGCCGGUCAAGGUCACCAUGAGGAACAACUUCACCUUCAACAUCGGCGACGAGUUCUUCUCGUGGCGCUCCAACAACGACGAUGUGGCCGACAUCCUCGGGGAGCUGGCGAUCCCGUCCAACUCGUCCCCGGCGGCGCCGCCCAUCGAGGCGUGGGUGAAGCCCGCCACCGACGCGCCGCUGGCACUCGCCGACCUCCGCCACGACCGGCCGGAAGUAUCCUCGUCCUCCGUGGAGGACAACAACCUGAAGCUGCUCACCGCGCACGGGCUGUCCUCGCCCUCCGAGGGCGACUCCAGCUCCAAGUCUGACAGCUCCGGGGAGUAGGCUGGGGAGCGCUUUACUUUGCAGAUAGGAUUGCUCGAUUUUGAUGACAUUCUCCAUUGCUGAAAAUUAAAACUCCAUUUUCAUCUAAUGGUGAAAUUUGCACCAUUUGGUGAAAAUAAGGGACCCGGACUCAUUCGGAUUCAUUGUGUAUCACAACAUGAAGCACAUCUACUUUUGACCUUGAGUUUUCACUCUUAAGUUAAGACGGUCGCACUUUAUGAGAGGAUCGAUUUUCUUGUCAAUGAUAGCGUCAUAAGGAAGCACAAUUAGUAUGGAGCGUUUAGGUAACUUCGAAAAUCAUCAAAAAUAUUGUGAAUAACACUAUUUGCUACUUUUGACCUUGAGUUUGUUAUUUGGGAAGAAUAUCUUGGUAAAUACUAUGGAGAAUAAAUAGAUUUCACUGUGGAUUCUGUAUUUGUGAGGUGUAUCAAAUAGCAUCAAGUCAAAAUUUAGUCCGGUUGCCGAUUGAGUCGUCAUUUGAGAUCAUUUUUCAGUAAUGGAGAGUGGGACGUUUUUAUACAAUGUUAAUUAAACAGCCUCAUAUUAAUGUUUUAAAAUGAAUCUCAUGUAAAGUUGCCAGAUCCAAGCUUAUCCGAACCGAAUUAAACUACAUAGAACUGUUGAAAUUUAUACAAAUGAUAUUUAUAUAUAUAUUUUUGUUACUUUCUUACUAAACCUACAUAAAUUUUUCAUAUUUAAAAAUAAAUAGUAUUUGUGAAUUCCGCGACAGCAAAGUGAAGUUACUGGACGCGGGACAACACGUUACACUCUAGAUUUCCCAAACAUCUGGCAACCCUAAUCUCUCGUCCGUCCAUUUUAAUAAAUUCCCGCCAAAAGUUCAUGAACGGAUUGUUGUUACUAUUGUACAGUUUUUGCCGCCAAAAAUACAUUUUUAAUUUUUACGAAGUUAUAACUAUUUAAAAAAUUAUUAAGUUUGAGUUUCAACUUGUAGAAAAAUCUUGUGAACUUAAACAAUGCUCUUCUAAGUAUUAAAAUAAAGUCACUAUUAAGUACAUUCCAGUCCAUUUUUAAAGUAGUUUAAUGAAUCUAUUUUUUUUUAUUCUUAAUUAACUUACAUUGUAAUAAUGAGACUGUUGUUUUCUCGAAUUUACAUAUUUUUUGGUUUUAUUUUCUUAACAUAUCCUUAAAUCUAAUUUUUCAAGUUGCAUUUCGAUUGAAAUAUUUUGUGAAGUAUUGCAAUAGCUUCGAUCUAUGCAAAAAGCCGACAUUAGAAGUACAGGAGAUUUAAAAAUGUUGUAAAAAUCCGGACAAGUGAUAGAUAUAAUACGAAAGUAGUUGCUACCGGUGCUUCAGAAGUGUACUUACUAAAUAUAGUAACGUUAAAGUAUAUUAAUAUAAUAAUUUUAAACUGAAAUAAAUUGAAGAAAUAUUCCUUUAAAAUUAAUAAUAACGUUAAAGUACAUUAAUAUGAUAAUUUUAAACUGAAAUAAAUUGGAGAAAUAUUCCUUUAAAAUUAUAGUGUAUCGCAUAAUGAUGAUGACUAUAACCCGCAAAGCAAAAGUUUUGAUGUAACAGCUUGAUAAUAAUAGAAAAUGGCUCGUAGCAAUAUUAAAACAUUUUUGACAAAAAGAAAAAUAGUUUUUUUUAUUCUAGAAGCGGGAGAGAAUAAUUCCAUAGCCAUUCCCAUUCCCGAGUAAAUUCGUGCGGGUUAAAAGCCUUUAUUUUCGAGAUUGUCAUUAAAAUAUUAUAUUAAAAAGUUUAUUUGGGUAUAUUAUAUGAAAUGUCGCAUUUAUUUUAGAAUUAAGAAUAAGAACGUGUUACUAAGAGAAUAAUGUAGUUUAUUACCUUGAAGUAUGCAAACAGAAAAUGUACAUUUUUGUUAUAAGUCUUCCCACAUUUGGGCAUGAUAUCAUUAUUUUAGAUAGCCCUAUGCUGUAUCGUCAAGUGUGGGAAUGCCAAAGUAUUUAAUGUAAUAGGUACACAGUAUUUUUCUUUAGAUAUAGCUAAAAUAAGUUAUACGUUUAUUUUUAUUGUUCGACAAAUAAGAGUUUCAGAGUUGCUCAAAGUUAUUUAAGCACUAACUUGUUGUAGAAUGUUGCAAUAAAUGUGUUGAAGACUG